AUGAAGUUCUCUGCCAUCGCUCUCUUCGCCUCGCUGGCCAUUGCCGCGCCCGCCACGGAGGCCACUCAGGAGCACCAGUUCGAUAUCUACGAUGGUCCUUGCUCGGCCGGCGUCACCAACAACAUCCCCAAGUGCUGUGGCGCUGGUAUCCUUGAUCUCCUCUACCUGAACUGCGAGACUCCCAAGGAAGUCACUUCUCCCCUCAACCCCCUGGACGAUGUCUGUGCUCGCGUUGGUCUCUCGGCCAAGUGCUGCACCCUCGGCAUCGCCGACCUCGGUGUUUUGUGCCAGGAUGCCCUCCCCCAGUAA